AUGACGAGCCCUCUGAGUGGUCACAAAAAUGCUUCGGAAUCCACUUCCCCUGCCAUUAGAAGAAACGACACUAGUAAUAAGAAGGCGGGGAAUAGGAGAGAUCCUUUCCGCGGCAACAAAACGCAGAUGCCUGGCGCUGCCACAUGCGCCGACCGAAAUUUGCCUCCAGUGGCUUCAACUGCUAUGAAUAACGUGGGGUUGAUCCGCCACCUGCGCGUUUUCCAAAUCAAGAUGACUUACGUAUCUCCCGGUGAGAUCGACCGGGAGACAAUUGACCCCAUGUUAAACAUUCACCAUCCGCCGCAAGUUGCUUCAAGUAAGGAUGAGGAAGUUCUUAAUAUCGAGUAA